CAUUUGACAUACUUCAUCUCUUCCUUCCAGGAGCACCGGUUUGUUGUAAAAUUGUGAAAAUCUUUGAAAAAUGUCUCCUGAAGAAACUAUAGAAAGAUUUAAACUCUUAGGCUUAAGUGAACAAAAGGCAAAAGAAACCUUGAAGAAUGUAAACGUCACGAAGUUCUUACUCUCAGCGAUUACUGAGAUAGACAUCCAAAGCCUGCCAGCUGGUGCUGGGAUGUUGAUAUAUCAUUUAGCGACUAAAAUCAAACCCCAAAUUUCAUCAAAACUAUCAUUUGUCUGUAAAUAUAUUUCAAGUAGUAAACUUGACUCGACUUUGCGUGUAGAUGCUGCCCUAGAAUAUCUCCUGAGUAUAGUGAAUGAGGCGAAUGUAAACGUUGAAGCAUUUGAAAAAGCUUGUGGUGUAGGUGUUGUGGUGACACCAGAGCAGGUCGAGCAAGCUGUGGAGAAACAUAUGGCCAAGUACAAGGAUGAAUUGUUGGAGAAAAGAUAUCGUUUCAAUUCUGGCAUUGUUAUGCAGGCUGUAAGAGCUGAUUUGCCUUGGGCUGAUGGAAAAGCUAUCAAGAAUGAAGUUGAUGUGCAGAUAUUAGACCUAUUGGGUCCUAAAACUGAAGCCGAUCUAGCCCCUCUACCAAAAACUGAUAAAAAAUCGAAAGGUGGCGAUGCUGGCAAAAAAACUAAAAAAGAGGAUAACAAAUCUUCUAAAACUGAAAAACCAGAAGCAAGUGGUGAUGUCGGUGGAGCAACUUCUAUAGCAGAGCUCAUGAAAAAGUUACCUUUCCAUGCUCCAGGAGAAAAUUAUAAGUCUGAUGGUUAUGUUGUGACACCAGAUACAAAAAGAUUACUCGAGGAACAUUUAAAGAUAACUUCUGGUAAAGUUCGAACAAGGUUUCCUCCUGAGCCCAAUGGUAUUCUUCAUAUAGGACAUGCUAAAGCCAUCAAUAUAAACUUUGGAUAUGCUGCUGCCCAUGAUGGUAUUUGUUUUUUGAGAUAUGAUGACACCAACCCAGAGAAAGAAGAGGAAAAGUUUUUUGUUGGUAUUAAAGAUAUGGUUGAAUGGUUAGGGUACAAGCCAUACAAGAUAACUCACUCUUCAGACUAUUUUGAUCAACUAUAUGAGUGGGCUGUACAACUCAUCAAAAAGGAUAUGGCAUAUGUGUGCCAUCAGAAAUCUGAAGAAAUCAAGGGCUUCAACCCUCCUCCUUCACCAUGGAGGAAUAGGCCUAUUGAAGAAAGUUUACAACUGUUUGAGGAUAUGAAAAAUGGUAAAAUAGAUGAAGGUGAUGCGACUUUGAGAAUGAAGAUCACAUUGGAAGAGGGAAAGCAAGACCCUGUUGCGUACAGGAUUAAGUUCAAACCUCAUCACCGCACUGGCAGUAAAUGGUGCAUCUACCCUACUUAUGAUUACACCCAUUGUCUCUGUGACAGUAUAGAACACAUAACACACUCACUGUGCACAAAAGAGUUCCAGUCUAGACGCUCUUCAUACUACUGGUUAUGCAAUGCACUCAACAUUUACUGCCCUGUCCAAUGGGAAUAUGGAAGACUCAAUGUGAAUUACACUGUGGUGUCUAAGAGAAAGAUUGCAAAACUCAUCACUGAGGGGAUUGUUAAUGACUGGGACGAUCCUCGCUUAUACACGCUGACGGCGCUCCGGCGGCGCGGCGUGCCUUCGGCGGCCAUCAACACCUUCUGCGCCGGGCUCGGCGUCACCGGCGCCGUGGGGGCCGUCGACCCCGCCGUUUUAGAUGCUGCUGUCAGGGACGCGCUUAACGCGACUGCUCCAAGAGUUAUGGUUGUUCUUGAACCCUUAAAAAUUACGAUCACCAACUUCCCAAGCGACAAGCCGAUAAGUGUGAGCGUGCCAGACUUUCCUAAUGAGCCAGAGAAGGGAUCGCACAGCGUAGUUCUGAACAAAGUUGUGUAUGUCGAGUCGACUGACUUUAAGCAAGAACCUGAGAAGGGAUAUCGACGACUGACACCGUCGCAGUCGGUUGGGUUAAGACACGCUGGAUAUGUUUUAAAGGUAUCGAAAGUGAUCAAAGACAGUUCCGGCAAAGUAUCAGAGUUGGAGUGCACGGCCGAACCUUCUGAAUCCGCCGAUAAACCCAAAGCUUUCAUUCAUUGGGUAUCUCAACCAGUCGAAAUCGAAGUUCGCCUUUAUGAGCCAUUGUUCAAGCACAAAAAUCCAGAAGAUCCCAAUGAAGUGCCUGGUGGGUUCCUCUCCGACUGCCGUGAAGACACUUUGAAGGUGGUUCAAGCAUUUGCUGACAGUUCCAUCAACAAAGCGAAGGUGUAUGAUAAGUUCCAGUUUGAAAGAAUUGGAUUCUUCUCUGUGGACCCAGAUACAUCUUCUAAACAUAUCGUUUUCAACAGGACUGUUUCUCUGAAAGAAGAUACGGGAAAAUAAACUUUGUUUUAAUGUAAAUGUUUGUACGUUUAUACAAAAGAAAAAUGAUUAAAUAAAUUAUUUAUUAAAGAUA